AUGAGCAAAGAAGAGUUCUUGAAGAUUCAGACUUGUGUUCUUAAAGUCAAUAUACACUGUGAUGGAUGCAAGCAUAAGGUGAAGAAAAUCUUGCAGAAGAUUGAAGGUGUAUACACCAUAAAAAUAGAUUCAGAGCAAGGCAAGGUCACGGUGUCCGGCAACGUCGAUUCGUCCACCCUCAUAAAGAAGCUGGUAAAAAACGGCAAACAUGCCGAGAUUUGGGGUGCGCCAAAGUCCAACAACAAUAACCAAAACCAGCUCAACAACCAGUUGAAGAACCUCCAAAUGGAUAAUGGCAAAGGGGGCAACAAUAACAAUACCAAAGGCCAAGCCCAGAAAGGAGGUGGUGGUGGUGGUAAUAACAGUAACAACAACAACAACAAGAAUAAUAAUAAUAACAAUAAUCAGCAAAAAGGAGGUGCCAACAAUAGCAAUAAUAAUAACCAGGCGAAAGGCGGCGGUCAGAACCCACAGUUUCAGCAGCUCCAGCAGAUGAAGGGGUUUCAGGACAUGAAGAUGAUGGGGCAGUUGAUGAAGGACAUGAAGAUGCCGGCAAACGGCAAGGAUCAGAAUGCAAAAUCGGUCAAGUUCAAGGUUCCGGAGGAUGAUGGUGGCUUGAGUGACGAUGAUUAUGAUGACGAUUUUGAUGAUGAUGAUGAAGAUGACUUUGACGAUGAUGACUUGGAGGACGAAAUGGAUGAUGGGCCUCCGUCCAAGAUGAAGCCCGUUAUGGGCAAGGGGCCUGGCGGCAGCAUGGGCUUGCCCAACAUGAUGCAUAACAUGUUGAACGGUCAGAACCCUCAUCUCGGAAAGGGUGCUGGAGGCGGUAAUGGCGGCAACAAUGGCGGUGGAAAUGGGAAAAAAAGCGGAGGUGGAGGCGGAGGCGGAGUGAAUAUUCCGGUUCAGAUGAAUCAUGGUGGUGGCAAGAAGGGUGCAAAUGAGAAUAAAAGUAAUAAUAAUGCUGGUGGAAAUCAAAAUCAAAACCAAGGUGGUAAGGGCGGCAAGAAUGGUGGCGGCGGCAAUAAUGGCCAAGCCAAGAACGGCGGUGGCGGUGGUGGUGGCAGCAAUGGUAUGAUGAACGGAGCGAAGAAAAUGGCCGGAUCGAACGACGGGCCUCACGGCGUGCCAGGCAUGAUGGUAGGGGCCCACAUGGGGAACAUGCAGAUGGGCCCGAUGGGUGGCCAAAUGGGGAAUCUUGCGGCCGUCCAGGGGCUGCCGGCGUCUGGCGGCGGCUAUUUCCAGGGAGGAGGAGGUGGUGGUCCCGAGCGCGGUGGGCCCGCAGGGGGCCCAUACAACAUCCCGUACCAGCAGCAGCAGCAGAUGGCAGCGAUGAUGAUGAAUCAGCAGCGGGCGAACGGGAACGAGAGGUUCCAGCCGAUGAUGUACGCCCGGCCACCGCCGGCUGUGAAUUAUAUGCCUUCGCCGUACGGGCCGUACCACGGGGGAUACCCGUCUUACCCGCCACCGGGAGAGCGGGUCGAUCAGUACUCGAUGUUUAGCGACGAGAACACAGACAGUUGUGCCGUGAUGUGA